GCAACAGUGUGUAAAGAGUGCGCAGCAACUGGAGUCGGUCCUAAGCGUGCAGGUCCGAGAGACAGAAAGAGACGCAGCGAGUUGAAGCCACACUUGUCCUCGGUGUUAAUGAUAUAUAAAAUAGUCACAGUGAUUUUUUUUUUUUACAUGCUCCACUGCUGUCUGCUGUGAGGAGAGAAAGUAGUCGCAGGACGAGUCUUCUGCCAUGGAUAAGACGCCAACUUGUUAAUGUUGCCACUUUGUUCAUUUUGCUGUCACUCAGGAAUGUGAAGAUGCCACAUCCUGUCAACUAUUUCCCUACUGAAACUUUCAUCUCGAAAACCCUCUCUUUGGACUUCCUCUCUACCGGCACUUCAGAGCCAUUCACAGAGGACAGCUUCACUGGCAACAUCAGCAACAUCAGCGGGUUGAGCAGCCUUCGUUGCACCUAUAAGGAAGACUUUAAACGUAUUUUACUCCCCGCUGUGUACAUCUUUGUCUUCUUGCUCGGCCUUCCUCUCAAUGCUGCUGUCAUACUGAAGAUAUGGAGGACUCGGCCCAAUCUGUCCAAAAACAACAUCUACAUGCUGAACUUGGCCACAGCAGACUUUCUGUAUGUGAUGUCACUUCCCUUGCUCGUCUACAACUACGCCAGUCAUGACUACUGGCCCUUUGGGGAGUUUGCCUGUAAAAUGGUCAGGUUUCAGUUCUACAGCAAUCUGCAUGGCAGCAUCCUCUUCCUCACCUGCAUCAGUGUGCAGCGCUAUGUGGGCAUUUGCCAUCCUCUGGCGAUGUGGCACAAGCAGGGUGGCCGCAGGAUGGCGUGGUGCAUCUGUGGAGGGGUAUGGCUGGUGGUGGUGGCCCUGUGUGCGCCAACUUUUCACUUCGCUGCGACGGGCAUCCAGCGAAACCGCACAGUGUGUUACGAUUUAAGCACGCCGAAGCACUCGGUAGACUACUAUCCUUACGGCAUGGCUCUGACCUGCCUCGGUUUCUUGUUGCCUUUUAUGGGUGUGAUGGUGUGCUACUGUCGGAUGGCCCACAUCCUCUGCCGCCCGGUGUCCUACCAGGGUGUCUCCAUGGCGACUGGGGAGAAACGGGACAAGGCGGUGAGGAUGAUCAUUGUGGUGGCGGCAGUGUUCUGCAUAAGCUUCCUGCCAUUUCACCUCACCAAGACCAUGUACCUGGUGGUGCGUACUCUGCCCAACGCGCCCUGUGAGACAAGAAACUUGUUUUCAAUCAUCUAUAAGAGCACCAGGCCGUUCGCCAGCAUGAACAGCUUCCUGGACCCAAUUCUGUUUUACUUCACCCAGCCACGCUACCGCCGGAGCACCAGAAGGUUUAUGCUCAGAGUCACCACCCGCAGGGACAGGGGCACCAGCGUGUGAGCGAUUCCUUGAAUUCUAGGAUGCUGCAAAGUGGUACAUGUAUAGGCUGCUGAGUUUUUUAAAAGGUUUCUGUGUGCAUGUAAACUUUACCUACUACUCACUGUAACAAAGAACUGUACCUUUUUUAGAGGUACUGGCCUAUCAAGAAGCCUUCUGAAAUGCAACAUGCAACAUAUAAUAUGAAUGGUAAUCAUAGACUGAGAAAACUUGGAGAAGAAAUUCCCAAAGUUGAAAUUAAAUUGGUCUCUGUUGGCAUUAACCAUCAGAGCCAUCACAGACUACAGGUGUGUUUCUCAUUGAGAUCCCUGACUCUGUAUUGCAUUUAUUUGAUUAUUGUUGUGGCUGAGGAGUACUAUACAUGUACUUUAUAUAUAAAUGCUGAUUUUAUCGUCAGCAGAAAGGGGCAUUCACAUCCUGUAUUGUCCCUGUUAUCUGUGAACUGUCCACUUCCAGUCUCUACUUAAAAAAAAAAUGUUUCACACUGUGAACUGCACUAUAAUAGAAAUGCUCCAAAAUUAUAAAAUAAUGAAGAUGAUUUUGAUUUGUGUGAUUUGGAGGUGGAGAUGGUGGAGAUGGUGCAAUUGUAAUUGUUUAUAACAUGGCAUGGUAUGUGAGUACUGCAUGAAGCAUGUGUUUGUGGAAAUGAACUGCUGCUGGGAUGAAACAAAAACAGAACUGCAGUAACACGGCAGGUGAAAUACCGAGAGCAAAACUGAAAAUGAAAUAAUGUAUGUGCAUUUUCAUGUGAAGGUUUCUACUGUUUUUUCCCUAAAAGGGACACACUGUUUCAGCAUUUAUCCAAGUUAUAAGGCUUGUUGUUGCAUGUUUUCACCACUGGAUGGUGUGUUAAAGCCACUGCUGUAACCCCACUGCACUGAAACGCUGGCUCCGUUCUGUCUGUAAUGGUUAGGUUAUUAUCCAGUAGAUCUUACGCACUGCAAUCAGAGAUAAACUGAUGCCAACAAAACUUAAAUAUCCAGCUCAUACCACACUAAAAAAGGCCAUCAGUCAUGGUUUACUCCGCAUCUUCUCCAGUGAACAAAGGAGAUCCAUUUACAAGUUUGUGCCAACGAUAAUACAUUUAAAAAAUCCUUAUCAGGUGCAUCAGAUGCUUAGAGGGAAGGAAAAAAGCAAUUUAUGGACAUAGAGGGUCUAAUUUAAGACUCAACCCUGCGGUUUUCCACUUCCCAUGAAAUUAGGACUUCUGUUUCAAGAAAUGUUGAUAGGAGUUUGGUGUUAUAGAGAUGAGAGAAUGAAGAAUAAUUAAUGAAUUGUUUAGUUCUUACUACUGUUUGGAUAGCUCUAACCAGAUACAAUACCUUCUGGUAUUUCUUAUGGAGUUAUAUCAACUAACUGAGCUACUGAGUUUAUGAUUUGUUCUGUGAUGUUCAUGAAAUGAACAUGAACACAGAUUGAUGUUUAGUAGUGUGUUGUUUGUUCUAACUGCAUUUGUUUAGAACUUGAUGUUAUUUUAACUUAAUUGAAAUGUUUUCAUUAGUAAUUAUUUUUCUGAUUCGUUUUGCAUGUUGACAUACUGCGAAGAAAACAGUGGAAUUUGUUUCAUAUUUAUAUGAAACUGAAAAUACUAAAAUAAUCCUUAAUUCUGAUUUUUAAAUCAGUUUAAUUUGCCAGCAGCCUUUUAAAUUGUUCUGAAGCCACUGUAACAGACAAUAUUUAGGCAGCUUUACUACCUUAGCACUUAGCAGCUAUAGUUUGAGUUUUGCACCCAAAGAAAUGUUGUGUACAUCGGUUUAAUGUGAACAUGUUUUUAUGCAUUGCAAAUGCAAGGAACAUUUGAACCAAAAUAUGCAGUCAGUUGCUUAAAAACGUUAGGAACUAUUAAUGUAUGUGUGUUUGUACAGCAUGUACAUUGAUUAAUGUAGUGAUAUACUGUAUGUUGUGUGUUAGCAAAAUGGUCUUGUUUAUAUGUGUGUUUGGUCAAACUGUCUGAAAUGUGUGUGUGUGUGUGUGGUCAAUUCAGAGGAUGUCUAUGCACUGUGCCAACAUUUUUAUGUCAUUCAGUAUUAUUUAGAAUAAUUCUCAUUUUUGUAAAACAGAUAUAGUAUCAGGAAUAGAAUUUUAUUUUUGUUACAUAGAUAAUAAUGUUUAAAUGUUAAAAGUAACAUUUAUGUUAUUUUUUUAGUUUUUAUUUUCUUGGGUUGCAUGUGAAAAUGUUUUGUAUGUCUUCAUUAUGUAAAACUAACUUUAAACAGCCAUUAAAGACGUGUUGCAGCCUGUCA